AUGGCUUCCCACCAUGUACACCAGCUCCUCCACAGGGGGACUCAAGUGGUCGCUGUCCGUUCUUCCCAUACCAAUGACACCGCAGCACCUACAGGAACGAUUGCGCCCUAUGCGACCAUGCUCAAUGGCGUGAACCAGGUCAUGAACGACAUGUACCGGAUAAGCUCAUGGUGGAGUCUGGGCGUGCUGGCUAUGCUCAUACUUACUAUUCGGUUAUCUCAGAGGUUCAAUGCGCAUAUACGGCACAUAUCAGCAAUGGGGAAAUCAGUACAGACGUAUUGGGCAAGGAAUUCAUCGCCGUUAUGGUGGUUCAAGAAGUAUCUUUUGUACGCGCCUUUAGUCAACAAACGCCACAACCGAGAGUUCAGGCUCUCUUCGGCAAUGAACAUGGGAACCCUCCCAUCAAGAUUCCAUUCGAUCUUGAUUUUCCUGUACUUGGCGAGUAACCUUGGAUACACACUCCAACUCGAUUGGAGUCAAGAGAAUCAUUACAAGGUUGUCGCCGAGUUACGUGGGAGAUCCGGAAUGCUGUCCGUGAUCAACAUGAUUCCUCUGAUCAUCUUUGCUGGCCGGAACAACCCCCUGAUAGGUCUGCUCCAAAUCAGCUUCGACACAUACAACCUCAUGCACAGAUGGCUUGGUCGCAUUGUCAUCUUUAUGGCGCUCCUUCACACAUGGUGUUGGGCAUAUGUCAAGUACAAGGCAGUCGGGUGGUCCGGACUCUUCAACCAAGUUGCUGUGGAUCCUUUCGCAACCUGGGGUAUGGUCGCUACUAUUGCCAUGGUCAUCAUCUUCAUCACUGCCUUCUCUCCUGUCCGUCACGCUUUCUACGAAACCUUCCUGGAUAUCCACAUCAUAAUGGCAGCUUUUGCACUAGCCGGAACCUGGAUCCACUGCUCAGUAGCAAAUCUCCCACCUCUACCCUACGUCCAGGCUACCUGUUAUCUCUGGAUAGCGGAGCGUGCCUGCCGCCUCAUUGUACUCCUACGAGCCAAUUACUCUACCAAGGGAUGGACCUACGCCACUGUUGAAGCUCUUCCAGGAGAUGCCUGCAGAGUCACGAUGCACCUCCCUAGGAAGAUGCACAUCAAGCCUGGAUGUCACGCCUACCUCCGCUUCCUUAACAUCAACCCCUUGGAGUGCCACCCCUUCUCCAUCGCCUGGGUUGAGGACAAGCCAGCAAAUGGAUCUCUCCCCAUGGCCGAGAAGAACGGUGAGAUCAUCCUUCGCGACAAUGAGCUCGUUACCGAUGUCUCAUUUGUCAUUGGCGCCCAGACCGGCUUCACAAGGAAGUUAUUCAACAAAGCAAACGCCUGCUCUCCACGCUUCCUGACUCUCAAAGCCGCAAUGGAAGGACCAUACGCCGGCCACCACUCCCUCGACUCCUACGGGCAUGUGGUACUCUUCGCCGGUGCAACCGGAAUCACACAUCAAAUCGGAUUCACGAAGCACCUCAUCAACGGCUUUCACGACGGCUCCAUUGCCACCCGCAAGAUCACUCUCGUGUGGAUCGUCCGCGAUUCAGAGCACCUUGAAUGGGUCCGCCCGUGGAUGGAUCAGAUCCUCCGCCUUCAAGGGCGUAGAGACUGCCUCACGAUUAAGCUGUUCGUCACGCGACCCAAGAACCCAAGAGAGAUCGUCUCGCCCAGCAACACGGUGCAGAUGUUCCCUGGACGCCCGAACAUCAAGCUCAUCAUGGAGGGCGAGGUAAAGGAGCAGUGCGGCGCCAUGGCUGUCACAGUCUGCGGACCUGGUGGCCUGGCUGAUAAUGUGAGGGAGGCGGUCCUUGGAGUACAGGAGUACGGUGUGGUGGAUUUCAUUGAGGAGUCUUUCACUUGGUGA